AUGAACUCUCUGUCGACUGAGCAGAAGCACUGGAUCCUCUCUGCAGUGCUACAACUUCAGUGGCUGCCUAGCAUCGUUCUCAAUGGUCUAUGCUCAUCCAAUAUAUUAUCGCAAGGCGACUUGACGUUCCAGAAGCUCAACUAUCACCAGCUCGGGCGGAAGAAUGUGUAUGACUCGUCGCAGGAGCGACUUGCCACAUUUCUCGACACAGCCGCGAAGACGCUGGAGCAGUUUCACAAGAAACUGGUCGUGCUUCAGGUUGACGAAAGGCUCUCUCUUGCGAUCUACAUACCGCAAAAGAUAGUCAAGUCCCAGGAUUAUCUGGUACAUGACACAGUCCGUGUCUUUGCCUUUCCUCACGUCAAAGACUCACCAGCCUCAGGUGGACAACGACCUACAAAGAAGAAUUAUCGACUGUACUGCGAUGACAACUUGUUCCAGCUCUUCGAGAAUCAACGCAGCAAUACCUGGAUAUUCAUCAGGCGGGGUGCUUCGGAUGAUGCCGCCUAUCGCAACACGACAAACCAAGGAGAUCGGAGACGUCAACGACAGAGCACCAUCGAGAGUGGAAAAAACUUCGACGACCGAGUGAGCGUUGCGCUCAACAAGUGCAGCCAAGAGUUGCAGCGAUAUAUCGGACGCGUGAAUAGCAACGGGCUGUUGGCUGCGGAAAUCUUUGUCAUAAGCAACCGAGAUGUAGAAUCCUUGAGAUGUCUCGAUCUGUGGCUGAACUACAUUGAGACCGAGCAAGUUCUUCCCUUAUUUGACGAAGAGCCAAGAAUAUACUCGGUCGACAACGUGGCGGGGGCGAACUACGAGGGAGUGUCUGAACAAACCCGAAGGUAG